AGCAAUAUCCCCCCCCCCCCAACCAAUUACUUCGUCCAAACAUGUCAAUAUACAGCCAUAUCGCAACCAGCAAGGAGCGCCAUGACCAGAUCCAAGCCGAACUCGCUAGUGUAGAGAGCAGUCCAGAGUCUCUCCAGUCGCAAGAAAGCUACCUGGCCGAGCUCCGGAACGAGCUGACGAAUACCAACAGACAGUUGUCGCAACUACACAAGAUCACCAAAGGGAACCGCGAGCUGCACGAAAAGUACCGCGACAGCACAGUACGCCGCCUAUUCUAUCGAGCGAGGGGCAAGAGGGAGGAAUUCGAGGCCAAAGCCGACCAGGAGAUGCGCGAUUACUACGACGCUCUAGCCAAGGAGAACCGUGCGCAGGCGCAGCGGGAGAUGCUGGAGGCGCAGGUCGAGGACGCGGUCGCUCAAGAGAAGGAACUCCGGCGUGCAUGCACCACAAGGGAACGGUUGCAUGCCGAACUGGAUGCCAUCUACAAGCGGAUCUUUGAGGGACGGACGGCAGAGUUCCCCGAGGAGGAUGCGCAAGAGGAGACAACAAAGCAGGCGCGGCGCGAAUAUGGGCAACGGCGCGAACGAUGGAGUGAUCUUCGGCAGGCGACGCAGUGCCUGGCGCGAGCGCAGCUGACACUCCGGGAGGUGCUGCUGAAUUUGGCAGAAACGCUGCGGUACUGUGAGAGGGAUCUGUGGAGUUUUGGAAGCACCCUAGCCGAUUGGCGGCAGCAGGACUGUCUGUCCCGGGCACAACAGAAGGUUACCCAGACGCAAAUGCUAGUCGCACAGGCCAGACGACUGGAUCCCAGAGUGCAGGCUCUGCCGGCCAUGAACAUUGUUGAGCACGACUGGGUUGGUGAGCUGGUCUUUGGCACCUUUCUGUUUCACACCGACUUUUUGAGCAUGCUGCAGCAGUCUGUUCUCGAGGUGAAGCGUGCGGAAGAGGUUCUGGCAGCGCAACUUAGACAGGCAAAGUCCCGUGAAGAUGAUAUGCAGGCCCAAGUGGAAGAUGCGCGAAUGGCGUUUGAGACCGCACAGCAAGAUCUCCGCCAACUCAGAUAUGAGCUCUUCAUGAAAACUGCGGAUCCUCCACCGCCCUACACCGAGCCGAUGUCUCCGGGGAUCAGUGUCUAGACCUGACAGCUGCUUAACAUAACAAGGAAUUUGCCUCACCGUAUGAAAGCAUUAUAUGUUUCUUAUAGUAGAGAGGCGUGAAAGAGAAAAAGGAUUCGCCAUUCCUCGCUCUAACAAAUUCCUACGGACUUCCUGGGUGUACUUCACGUUUCAAUACCAGUCUCUAAGAAUUAUAAUAGUCUUCUAUUUACAACACUGAAGCUGUUUCAUCACUGAGGGAUCUCGGGCAAAAUAGCACUGAAGGGGUUGCUUAUGCCAGAUUUCCAUCUGAUUUUGUUGGAUAUCACCUAUUAUAUAUUUAAUGCAUUACUAGC